ACCUCGCCUGGCUCCCAGCUCCGGCUCUGGAGCACACGCUUCUCUCCGCCUCUCUCCUCGCUCCCUCUCGGCGCCGCCAGCCUCGCUCCGGCUCCUUUCGCUUUUCUCUCUCAACCUGAGUGAGGCAGGUGACAGCUGGGACAUGUCUCGGGAGCUGCAGGACGUGGACCUCGCUGAGGUGAAGCCUUUGGUGGAGAAAGGAGAGACCAUCACCGGCCUCCUGCAAGAGUUUGAUGUUCAGGAGCAGGACAUCGAGACUUUGCAUGGCUCCAUUCACGUCACAUUGUGUGGGACCCCCAAGGGGAACCGGCCCGUCAUCCUCACCUACCAUGACAUUGGCAUGAACCACAAAACCUGCUACAACCCCCUCUUCAACUCCGAGGACAUGCAGGAGAUCACCCAGCACUUUGCCGUCUGCCACGUGGACGCCCCCGGCCAGCAGGACGGCGCCGCAUCCUUCCCCACCGGGUACAUGUACCCCUCCAUGGACCAGCUGGCCGAAAUGCUUCCUGGAGUCCUUCACCAGUUUGGACUGAAAAGCGUCAUUGGCAUGGGAACCGGAGCGGGCGCCUACAUCCUCACUCGAUUUGCUCUGAACAACCCCGAGAUGGUGGAGGGCCUCGUCCUCAUCAACGUGAACCCUUGUGCGGAAGGCUGGAUGGACUGGGCUGCCUCCAAGAUCUCCGGAUGGACCCAAGCCCUUCCAGACAUGGUGGUGUCGCACCUCUUCGGGAAGGAGGAAAUGCAGAAUAACGUGGAAGUGGUCCACACCUACCGCCAGCACAUCGUGAACGACAUGAACCCCGGCAACCUGCACCUGUUCAUCAACGCCUACAACAGCCGGCGGGACCUGGAGAUCGAGCGGCCGAUGCCCGGAGCCCACACAGUCACCCUGCAGUGUCCUGCUUUGUUGGUGGUUGGGGACAGCUCACCUGCUGUGGACGCUGUGGUGGAGUGCAACUCGAAACUAGACCCAACAAAGACCACUCUCCUCAAGAUGGCGGAUUGUGGUGGCCUCCCGCAGAUCUCUCAGCCGGCCAAGCUUGCCGAGGCCUUCAAGUACUUUGUGCAGGGCAUGGGAUACAUGCCCUCCGCCAGCAUGACGCGCCUGAUGAGGUCCCGCACAGCCUCGGGUUCCAGCGUCACCUCCCUGGAGGGUGCCCGCAGCCGCUCCCACACCAGCGAGGGUGCCCGCAGCCGCUCCCACACCAGCGAGGGCACCCGGCUGGACAUCAUCCCCAACUCCGGCGGCACCGGGAGCAGCCCCGGGCCCAACUCCACGGAAGUGUCCUGCUAGGCGGCCUUGGGGUCGGCCGCCCCUGGACUCUGGGAUCAAUCGCUGUAGCUGCCUCUCCUCAGGCCCCUCCCCGCCCCUGCCUGCCAACCGCACCUAACUUGGUAUUAAUCCAAAGCUUAUUUUGUACGAGUGAGCUCUGGUGACAACAAAGUGAGAUUGGAUUUGUGGAGGGCGCCCUUUGCGACUAGGGCGGGGCGGGGUGGACCAAAGGUAAAGAAACAUCUCAGUGUCCUGUUUCCACUAACGAGAGGCCCAGAGGCCACUCUCUUACCCUCCCUCAGAGACGCCAAACUGCCAGAAAUGAGAAACACAGAGUAAACACUUGAUCAGUGCUAGGCUGACCUGAGCAUCCUGGCGCGAAGGGACAUUUUUUUGGAAGCCCAACCCACCUACUUCCUGUUUCCUCUCCAGCUAAAGAAAAAACAGACACAGUUUCUGGAAACCAAACCCUCUCUGAUUUGGGGACUCGGAGAGCAGGGAACGGUGGGGAGGUCUUUUAAGGAGGCCAAACAGGAAGCGGGAAAGAGGUGGAAUUUAUGCGGAGCCUCAGAAGUGUUUGGAAAAGCAAAUCUCCCUUGCUAACUUAAAGAAAUAGAUUUUUAACGUUUGUGCAUAUUUACACUUUUUAUUGCCCAAGCCUACAAGCCUGCUUUUCUGGCAUUUUUUAAGGGACAACAGAAGCGGGCGACAAAAUCUCCCAGUUUUUCAAAGAAAUGGUCUUGGCAAACGUUUGGCAUCGUGGAUUUGAGGCUCUGAUUCCUCUGCCUGCCUCCUCCUCCGUGGCCCCUGCUUCCCACUCCAAAUACAUGAACGAGGGAUUACUUCAUUCACGGGGAAGAUCAUGUAGAUUUGUAGUUGCUUUCUUUGAAAUGGAGGGAAAGAUUGCAAACAGCUGUGCCUGGCUGUGAUGUGUCUCCACGCAGUGGGUGGGGGGCAGGGACGCUGGGGUGGGGUGGUACUUUUGGUUAUUAGAUGUAAGGAAUUCCUCGUGGUCGUGAUGGAAUCCAGUGCAGUUGUGAUUUCAGUUGAUCCCAUCGGGUUUCCAGCAAUCAUGUGUGAUGGAACUAAAUCCAGCUUCUAAUCUUUGACAACCGGGGUUGAAUCUGAACUUGGCUGCCAAACAUUUCUGACCCGGUGACCUUCCGGGGUCUUCAGGUAGAACUGUUUACUCUUGUAGGGGGUGGAGAUUCGCGUGGGACGUGGUGGCCCAGAAGAUGCAAGGAUUCUGGAAUGUGUAUGCCAUGGGAUUCCCUUCCCUCUGCUGCCUUACCCUCUUCCCUGCCCCUCUCACCUCUCGCUGAAGGGGGUGGCACCACUGACAUUUCUGGGCGACAUCAGCAUAGCUGUCAAGUUCUUGUACUACUUACUGCCUUUUGAUUUCCAUUUUGGCUAACCAUGGAUCUUCUUAUAUGACGUUUGAUCAGAGAGAAUGGAACAUUGUGAAUCAGCCGCCGGGACCUAGUGGUUACUGGGAGAAUAGCCAAGCCUUCUAGGUAGCUUGGGGGAUAAUGACUCAGUUUACCUGCCACCUACCCCCCUGGGAGGCAGACAUGGCUGGAUCAGAACAAGAAACCGUUGUGUACUAGUCUUUCCAGAGGAGUUUCUUAAUGAGAUAUUUGUAUUUAUUUCCAGACCAAUAAAUUUGUAACUUUGCA